UCGUCUCUCCUUCAAAGAAACGCUAGUCUUUCACAUAUAAAAACUAAUAGCCUAUUAUUAAAAAACUAAAGCACUAACUUUCUUUGCACAUUUGUUGUAUAAUACACAGCAUUGGUUACCAUUUUUUUUAACUGAGAAUAACCCUAAUCUAAUUGCAAUAUCCUUGUUUUAUUUCCUUCACAUGUUCUUGUUUGUUUUGCAAAGCAAACAAACCCCAUAAUUCUGAGGCAAUUCAAGUUUCAUUAUAUGGGGGAAGAAGCAAUUUUUGUGCAACAAGGUAUGGAAAGUAAGAAAAAAGUUGAACUUCAAGGGAAGAAGAUGGAGCUAAAGAGUAACAUAAACGAAUUUGGAGAUGGAGUUUCAUGGUAUAGAGGAGCAAUGCUUGGGAAAGGAAGUUUUGGGCAUGUUUAUCUGGCUAAAUUGAAGAACACCAGAUCAAAAAAUGGCUACUUGCCAUCAGUUAUGGCUGUUAAAUCCGCUGAAGUUUCUAUUUCAGGUUCAAUUCAGAAGGAAAGAGAGGUUCUCAAUAACAUCAAGGGUUGCCCUUACAUAAUUCGAUGCUAUGGCGAUGAAACUACAACUGGUGAGAAUGGUAUGAUGGUUUAUAACUUGUUGCUUGAGUAUGGUUCUGGUGGAACCCUAGCUGAGAGGAUCAAGAAAUUAGGGAACAAAGGAUUGCCUGAAUUUGAGGUAAGGUCUUAUACUAGGUCUAUGCUUAAAGGAUUGAAUUAUAUUCACGCUAUUGGUUAUGUUCAUUGUGAUAUGAAACCUGAUAAUAUCCUGCUUGUGUUGAAUUCUAGUAAAGGAAGUAAUGAAUUUAGGGCGAAAAUUGGUGAUUUGGGAUUGGCAAAGAGAGAAAAUCAGAGUAAAAAGAGGAGAUUGGAGACUUAUUGGAGGGGUACUCCUAUGUACUUGUCACCUGAAGCUGUAGCUGAAAAUGUACAAGAGUCUCCCGCGGAUAUUUGGGCUCUUGGUUGUAUUGUGCUUGAGAUGUUAACGGGAAAACCUCCGUGGAAUCAGAAGGAAGAUAUGGAUGCUGAGGAUGUAUUAAAAAAGAUUGGGGAAGGGCAUGAAUUGCCUAAAAUUCCAGGCGAAUUGUCUAAAGAAGCAAAAGGUUUCCUGAAAGGUUGUUUUGUGAGGAAUCCUAGGUAUAGAUGGACUGCUGAAAUGCUGCUAAAUCAUCCAUUUGUAGAGGGUUUAAGUGAUGAUGUUGAUGGAGUGGAAGAAUCAGGUGAGGUUGAAGAUAUAAAUGAAGUUGGUUCUAUGCUCUUGGUUACUGAGGCUGACGAUGAAUUUUCUUGUUCUUUAGAAGAUUGGAGCUGCAUAUCUGAAGAGGACUCCCUUGGUUACUGGUCGGAGGAAGAUUCAGAGGUUAUGGGGGAUGAAAUGGCCUCUUAUUUUGCUGAGGAACGGAUAUUAAAAGUAGAAGAAAGGAUAAGCGUUAGAAGCUCCAGCAUUGAUAGUGGUUAUAAUUGUAUGAUUGAUAAAUCAAUACAAGUACCUUCAAUCCAUCAAAUAAUUCGCCGAAAUGUCCUUUAAAAUUUACCAUUCCUGCAGGUUUCUAGCAAUAGAUGGUAGGAUGGAGAUAUGAUUCAUUUAUUCCUUACUAGCUACAGCCUCUGUAGAUUUUAUGCUACUCAAAUUGAUUGAAAUUUAAUGAUAAGUUUUUAAUUCUUUUA